ACGUAGCACGUGACCGCGGUUUUAUAAGUGAAGGCCGCGGCCGAUGCGUGUCACUCCCUUCGCCUGGACAGGAUGGCGUCUUGCAGUCGUGGAGAUCCAUUACCCAAAGUGCAGUGUCCAAACCAUCCAGAUGCCAUACUGGUGGAAGAUUACCGUGCCGGUGAUAUGAUCUGUCCAGAAUGUGGACUGGUUGUAGGUGAUAGGGUUAUAGAUGUUGGCUCAGAAUGGCGAACAUUUAGUAAUGACAAAGCAACAAAAGACCCAUCUCGAGUUGGUGAUGCCCAGAAUCCACUGCUAAAUGGUGGGGAUUUGUCAACGAUGAUUGGGAAGGGGACUGGAUCAGCAAGCUUUGAUGAGUUUGGAAAUGCAAAAUACCACAAUCGUCGGACAAUGAGUAGCUCUGAUCGAGCAAUGAUGAAUGCAUUUAAGGAAAUCAGCAAUAUGUCUGAUAGGAUAAAUCUGCCCAGGAAUAUAGUUGAUCGAACUAAUAAUUUAUUUAAACAAGUCUAUGAACAGAAGAGCCUAAAAGGAAGGAGUAAUGAUGCCAUUGCCUCUGCCUGUUUGUAUAUUGCCUGCAGACAAGAAGGUGUGCCACGGACAUUCAAAGAAAUUUGCGCAGUGUCCAGAAUUCCGAAGAAAGAAAUAGGCCGGUGCUUCAAGCUAAUUCUGAAAGCUCUGGAAACCAGCGUGGAUCUAAUCACAACAGGAGACUUUAUGUCUCGGUUCUGUUCAAACUUGGGAUUGCCUAAACAGGUACAAAUGGCUGCAACUCAUAUCGCAAGGAAAGCCGUGGAACUGGACCUUGUUCCCGGCAGGAGCCCCAUUUCAGUGGCUGCAGCAGCGAUUUAUAUGGCAUCACAAGCUUCCGCAGACAAAAGGACGCAGAAAGAAAUUGGAGACAUUGCUGGUGUGGCUGAUGUCACAAUUAGGCAGUCGUACAGACUCAUCUAUCCACGGGCAGCUGACCUUUUCCCUGCUGAAUUUAAAUUUGAUACUCCGGUGGACAAACUGCCCCAAUUAUAAUCCGAACUAGUCUGCACAGAAUGUACACAGUUAUUGUUUUAAAAUAUGAAAAAAAAUCACCAUUUUCCCCCUUCUUAAAUAUUUGAAACAAGUUAAUAUUAUCACUGAUUUUUGAAACCUACUACAGUGAACAACUUGAGAACCAAUAAGGCAACAGAGGAGUAUGCCCUCUCCAAAUACAGCACAUACAUUCCAAGGCUGAAUUUCAAGACUGUUUGUACUUGCCAGAUAAUUUGUAUAUUUGCAAGUUAGGAAUUUAUACUUAAAUAGAUCAUUACUUUGUAUAUAAUAUGCAAAUUUGGGAUAUUGUUUUGUGAAAGGCUGCUGACAGAUUAGCUCAUUCACAGAAUUUUUUUUGGUAGAACUCCUAACUUGUAAUUUGAUAGACCUACAUUCAGGUUAAUUAGAUGCUUGUCUUUUCCUUUUGUUAAUCUACACAGACUUCUUGAACUUCACAUUUGGUAUUUAUUGUUAAGAAAUGGUUACUAAGCUUUAAAAUUGCACUUAACAUCAGCUUAGUUUCAGGUUUUCAGGAAAGCUUGUAGGUUGUUUAGGUAACGUAUUGAACUGCAUUUUUUUUGUUUUUGGUGAUUUUAUCUGUGCAAGGAAAAUUGCACUGAAGUGUGCAGUAUUUGUGUUCCUGAGGCUCUAAAUUGUUUAUUUUAAAAGGGCAGAUUUGUUGUGUACUGGUUUCACUGAAAAAAAAUGUUUGUACAGAAAGUAAUCAAUUAGCUAAUAUUGAGGAGUCAUUUUCUAAAGCAGCAGCUCCAUUUUGCAUCAGUGUUAUGAGUUACACAACAUGUCGCUCAAAAUUCCUUAAAGUAGCAUGUGGGAAAUCCUUUAAUGGUCGUUAAAGUAAGAGCUAAUGAUAUCUAGAUGGCUUUUGUGAUUGUACAGAGAAA